AUGGCUCCGUCGUGGACGUCGUCGCUACGCCGCCGCACGGCCGCGGCCUUCGUCGUCUUCGUCGCGCUCCUCGUCCUGGCGUCGUCUAUGCUGCCGCAGCUGCAAGCGGCCAGGACGACGCCGACCGAUGGUCAUCAGGGACGUGUACAGCAGCGGGAGUCAACGACGCCGCCGGCGACGACGACAACGAGUCCGAGCAGUAGCGGCUCCGGAUCCACACCACCACCAGCUGCGUCAGCGUCGGUGCAAGAAAGGCCGCCCCCGCUCGCGCUGCUGCCGCCACCGCCGCCAACCACCACCACCAUUGAGGAAGCGUCCGCUCCCCGCAGCAGCAGCCGGAUGCUCGGCUCCGUGCCCAGCCCCGGCGUCGGCCACUAG